GGAAGCGACGCGAAUGACACGCACAUGCACACCCUCUCUCUCUCUCUCUCUCUCUCUCACACACACACACGGAGGAGAGGAGGACAGAGAAGAAGAAGCGAGGAGGAGGAGAAAAAGAAGAGGAGGAGAGGGGAAAGCGCAGAGAAAGAAAGAAAGAAAGAAAGAGAGAGAAAGAAAUCCGGGGAGAAAUGACCGCUGGACGGAUGGAUUUUAUUUUCCCCGAGCUGCACGAGCGUCUGUAAGACAACAUGGGCUGCAUCGGAUCCCGGACCAUCACAGUGGAUGCGGUGCCGGUACAGAAAGAUGGAGAUCAGUUGUCCAUGGAGGACACAACUUCCAUUCUGCCUCGCCUCAAGAUGAAGCCGGCCCAGGCCUAUGGGAUCGGUGCGCUGGCUAAGUCCUCUCUGACAGGUGUGUCAGGCGUGACUCGCUCCAUGAAGGACAAAGUGACCAAGCCCACUGCCAUGGCCCAGGGUCGCGUUGCCCACAUGAUCGAGUGGCAGAGCUGGGGCACACCAUCUGUGGGGCCGAUGGGGACCGUGGGUCAUAACAACCUGCAGAGGGAAAAGGAAAGGAGGCUUGAGAACGACGCUUACAGCGACCUUAGUGAUGGCGAGAAGGAGGCUCGCUUUGCUGCAGGCAUCAUGCAGCAGUUUGCGAUCUCCGAGGCGACUUUGUUCGGCUGGAACUCGAUGGACGGGGAGAGCAUGGGAGCCGGCUCCAACCAGGGCAGCGUUGCUCACCUCAGUGACGUCAACCAGGAGAGCAUCACCAGCAGAGACCAGGUUCUCCACCACUCCUCGGCGGACGUCUGGCCUCACACCUACGUCUCACAGGGUCUGUACUGCCUGUCGUCCACUGACGCCUGGGAUCCAAUCACCAGCCAGCCCUCGGGCAUGGCCUCACCUGCUGCAAGCUCCUACAUCAUGGCUGCCGGUGGCGGCAGUGGAGCACCAGGUACACCCGGUGAGGGGUUCGAGGGGACGGUAGGCGGGUACCUACAGCAGCACCACACUCAUUUCACUCUGCAGCAGCAGAACCAACUCCAACAGCUCCAACAACUUCACCAGUACCAGCAGCAACAGUUCCUGCAGUACCAACAAACCCAGUCACUGGAGCACAGGCUACAUAGUGCCUCCCAUUCCCUCCAAGCCACUCCCAACAGCACCAUCCACAGUCUCGGUCCUCCCACCCAUCCUCGGCUAGCUGACCUUUGGGGAGCUGCGCAGGUCGAGGCACACCACGUGGAGAUCGUCGGGCAGAUGAAUGGACAGAUAGCUGACAUGGUGGGAGGAGUGGUGGAGACAGUCGGAGAGGAGCCAGAGCCCGAGUCUGAAGGCAUCCUUGAUCAGCACGAGGAGGAAGAAGAGCUGACAAAGGUGGAAGAGGUAACAUUAACCUUGGAGCCGGAGCCGUGCUCUUUGACCCCAUCCCCGCUGAGGGAGGAGUUCCCCUCAACCAGAGGCUCAAGCCCAGGACUGCCAGUUCAGAUCUCAGAAUCUGUCAAGGGGAAGAAACCGUUUGAAGUCACGCCCUGCAUCAUCCAAUCCAGAGAGGAGUGAGGCAAAGAGGCGGGGGAGGGCUACAUUGUUAUUGUUGCGACCAACUGCAUCAUAGUGUCAGAAUAAAACUAAAA